CUUCAGUGAGUGAAUAGAAAACUGUCUAUUUUCUUUUAAACAUGAAGUUUUACGGAAUUAUUCUUCUGGUUGGUAUUCUCUGUGCUUUUGACUGUGCAAAUGCCAAGGCUCAAGGACCAGAUCAACGUGUUUACCAUGGAGACUACAAUGCAGUAAAUGAUGUAGACAGAAAAACUUAUCCUGCCCUUGUAGUUGUUACUGAUGGAGCAAGUGUACUUUCUAAUUGUACUUCUAAUAUCAUCUCACUGAAUUAUGUUCUUACCCACUUGAGUUGCCUUGAUUUUGAGGAAACUGCUACCUUGGUGAGAACAGUCUCAUCAAUUGGAUUUACUGGUCAAUACCAUGAAACUACUAUACUAAAUGUUGUACAAAUUAGCGAUUGUAUCGCUCUUGGGGAACUAGCGAACCCUUUUCCUGCUACUGCAGGAGAAUUUACACCGGUUGCUCUUCCACCUGCUGACUUGGCAUUAGAUGAGGACUGUGGAGUAGUAGAUUUUACGCUUGCUGGAUACAGAGAUGCAGACUCAAAUGAUGAUGCUACUGUUUCAAGUACUGUAGCAUUCUUGGGAGACUUCCGAAAGAUAUGUCGAUCUUCGUGCCGUCCCUUCUAUUCUGUCCUAUCACCAACGGAUGUUUUUUGUGCACAAGGUCAGGGAGAUUAUGCAGCUUGUGGUGCUGAUCUAGGUGCUGGUUUGGUAUAUCAAGAUACUAGUGUCACUCCUGCCCAAGAUAAAAUUUAUGGAAUACUAUCAGAAAAUCUGGGUUGCGGAAACAAUAUUGCUGUUUAUUGUUUCGUUCCUAGAUAUGUUGAAGCUAUUGAAGGUGUCAUCGGUGCCUAACACUGAAGUCAAAUUGUCAAAAACUGCACACUUAUGACGACAUAUGCAAUGAAAAUUAUCUAGGAAAAAAUUAUAUAAUAUUGUACCAAUGGUGAUGGGUUAUAUGGCAAUCAAAUAAAGCAUGCAUGUUAAA